UGCUUCCGGUCGGGGGGGUCAGAAAGCCCAGGCCCCACCUCCCCUUUAAGUGCGGUGGGCGGGGCGUGGCGGCGCGACUCGCGUUGCUAUUGGCGGCGGUUAGGGGCGCGGAAACUGAACGGGCGCUCCGAAGGCGGCUGCCUCCUCGGGCUCCCCCGGCGCCCAGGGCGCCCCCCGGCCCCGGCAUGGCCGCGCCCAGCCCCGAAGAUCCCUCGCUGGAGAUGCAUUUUAAAGGACAUCGAGAUGCAGUCACUUGUGUGGACUUCAGCCCCAACACUAAGCAGCUGGCCAGUGGCUCCAUGGACUCAUGCCUUAUGGUCUGGCACAUGAAGCCCAAGUCACGUGCCUACCACUUCACGGGCCACAAGGAUGCCGUUACCUGUGUGAAUUUCUCUCCUUCCGGACACCUCCUCGCCUCAGGCUCCCGUGACAAGACCAUCCGCAUCUGGGUGCCCAAUGUCAAAGGCGAGUCCACUGUGUUUCGGGCUCAUACCGCCACAGUGAGGAGUGUCCACUUCUGCAGUGAUGGCCAAUCCCUCGUGACGGCUUCUGAUGACAAGACAGUCAAGGUCUGGUCAACUCAUCGCCAGAAGUUCCUGUUCUCCCUGAGUCAACAUAUCAACUGGGUGCGCUGUGCCAGGUUCUCCCCCGAUGGGCGGCUCAUCGUGUCUGCCAGUGAUGACAAGACCGUCAAGCUGUGGGACAAGACCAGCCGGGAAUGUGUCCACUCGUACUGCGAGCAUGGCAGCUUUGUCACUUACGUGGACUUCCACCCCAGUGGGACGUGCAUCGCUGCUGCCGGCAUGGACAACACGGUGAAGGUGUGGGACGUCCGCACGCACCGACUCUUACAGCAUUAUCAGCUGCACAGUGCAGCCGUGAAUGCCCUCUCCUUCCACCCGGCGGGGAACUACCUGGUCACGGCCUCCAGUGACUCCACACUGAAGAUCCUGGACCUCAUGGAGGGCCGUCUGCUCUACACGCUUCACGGACACCAGGGCCCUGCCACUACUGUUGCCUUUUCAAGAACAGGGGACUAUUUCGCUUCUGGAGGUUCUGACGAGCAAGUGAUGGUUUGGAAGAGUAACUUUGAUGCUACCGAUUAUGGAGAAGCCAUUAAAGUGCAGAGACCCCCAGCCUCGCUGGUCAGCUCCUCCAGGAAUCUCCCGGAAGUGAACUUUCCCGUGCUGCCGGGAAGAGGCAAGAGCCAGGAGUCUGUGCAGAGUCAGCCCCAGGAGCCCAGCAGCGUGCCCCAGACGCUGACUAGCACUCUGGAGCACAUCGUAGGCCAGCUGGACGUCCUCACCCAGACAGUCUCCAUCCUGGAGCAGCGGCUGACACUGACAGAAGACAAGUUGAAACAGUGUCUGGAGAACCAGCAGCUAAUCAUGCAGAAAACAAUACCGUGAUCAGGGGAGCAAGAAUCAAGAGCUCGAUCAAUUUGGGGGUGCGGGGGUGGCAGGGAUUUGUACUGUGGGACUUAGGGUAACUAAAUAAAGGGGACUCAGUUCUGUGGACAU